GAAACCAAAAAUCUCCUUCCAAAAUCGCAUAUUUAUAUUCAAACAAACACUCAAAGAACUUACAACAAGUACCUUUCAUCAACAACCCACACUCUCUCCCACUUCACACUCUCACCACCAUCAACGCUAUCCUCUCCGGCGGCAACUUCUCCGAUCAACCUCCGGCGACUUCUCCGAUCAUCCCAAAACCAUGAUAACACCGGAAUGAAUCUCAUCCACUCCCGAUGUCGAUUUCAUACUCCAACUUCUUCACCGACUCCGACCUCUUAUGCGGCGAGGAAACCUCCAGCAUCUUAUCGUCAGAUUCGCCGACGGAAUCCUUCUCCGAUGGUGAAUCUUAUCCGCCGCCGGAGGAUGAGUUCAUCGCCGGAUUAAUCGAAGACGAAGGUAAAUUCGUCAUCGGAUUCGAUUAUUUCGUGAAGAUGAAAUCUAGCUCGUUCGAUUCCGAUGCUAGAGAUGAAUCCAUUCGAUGGAUCCUAAAGGUGCAGGGUUAUUAUGGUUUUCAACCGGUUACGGCGUAUCUUGCCGUGAACUAUAUGGAUCGGUUCUUGAAUUCUCGGCGGUUGCCGCAAACAAAUGGGUGGCCACUGCAACUUCUAUCAGUUGCUUGCUUGUCUUUAGCUGCAAAGAUGGAAGAAACUUUAGUCCCUUCUCUAUUGGACCUUCAGGUAGAAGGUGUCAAAUACAUGUUUGAACCCAUAACAAUUAGAAGAAUGGAGCUACUUGUUCUAAGUGUCUUGGAUUGGAGGCUAAGAUCAGUUACCCCAUUUAGCUUCCUCAGUUUCUUUGCGUGCAAGUUAGAUUCAACUUCAACUUUUACUGGGUUUCUCAUUUCACGAGCUACACAAAUUAUCUUAUCUAAAAUCCAAGAGGCCAGCAUUCUUGCAUAUUGGCCCUCAUGCAUUGCUGCCGCGGCUAUACUCUAUGCAGCUAACGAAAUUCCUAAUUGGUCUCUCGUUGAGCCCGAGCAUGCCGAGUCGUGGUGCGAGGGGCUAAGAAAAGAGAAAAUUAUAGGGUGCUACCAGUUGAUGCAAGAACUUGUGAUUGACAAUAACCAAAGGAAACCCCCUAAAGUGUUGCCACAAAUGCGAGUGACAAUCCAGCCCCUUAUGAGGUCAUGUGUCUCGUCAUCUUCCUCUUCUCCUUCCUCAUCAUCAUCAUCCUAUAAAAGAAGGAAAUUAAAUAACUGUUUGUGGGUAGAUGAUGACAAAGGAUCAAACUCCCAAUGAAAAGAACAAAAAAAAAUGAACAGUAGUACUAAUAAAGGAAGAAAAAAACUUAAAAUAAAUAAGGUGGUGGUCCAAGUUUGUCCAGAAACCUCAAAAUUUUAUUAUAGAAGGUUUUUGAGUUUCAUAAUUGACUUAGAGUCAUGGGGCACAUUACUACAAUAUUGCAUAAGAGUUGUGAGCUUUUAUUAUUAUUGUUAUUAUUAUUACUUGUUGGUGGGUAUAGUCAUUCAGCAAUGGCUUUGCAGAUUCCCUAGGGAAAGUGAAUGAGAGACAUGUAGAGAGUGAGAAAGGGAAAUAAUAUAACUCCACAAAGAUGCAAUUAAUGGAUUGGUCAUGUAACUGGUAAGUGUGGAUGAAAGAAGUGGGAAUUCUGAACUCAAAAUGUGUUUUGGUUAUUUGUUGAAAGGGGAGAACAUUGUGGGACAUUGCUUGAAAGCUUUGAAAGAAAAGCAGAGUCUCACAGAGCAGUUAUAUCAAUUGGGUUGAAACUUUGGAAUUUGAACUAUUUCUUAUAAUGGGUUUUUCUUAGUCAAUCUCCUCAUUUUGGACAGUAUGCUUUCUUCUUUCAACUUGCACAAGUCACUUUGAUGGGAUCCCACAGUUAAAAAAAAUGUUACUGGUAGUAAGUUGAAGCUAGCUGCAUUGUGUGGACUUUUGGAGUGUGCAAUGCACGUGAGUAUGUGUGAUUUUUGUUCUGUUUUAUUUUUGGCGGGAAUUAUAUAUUUUUUAUUUUGGCCUUGAGUUUUGGCCUAACUAUACAGGACCCAUUAUCUGGUGUCCAACGUGUGUGGUGGAAACACGUAUCUAUAGUUUUAUUUUAUUUUGGAUUUUUUCAUUUGUUUUCACCUCUUUUCAUAUUAGCCUAAUUGGCUUUGGCUUAAGAGAAAAAGAAAAAAAAAAAAAAAAGGUUUUUGGAGCCUUUUUCCUGUGUGAUGUGUAUUGAAUUCAUUAAUAGCAAUUAUAAAUUUUAUUAUAU